AAGCUUGCUGAAUUAGAUCCAAUUAAUGCCUGUUUUGCCCGAUAAAUCUCUGUUGGGUUUGGGUAUCAAGCUUCUGUCACACAAAGGCCGCAAGCGCGCGGAUUCCAAACGGUAGGCAACCUGGCAUGGCAUGGAAUGGCAUGACCUUCCGGCGCUUAACCAGGAGCUCCAAGUUCUAGCACAGACCAAAUCAAAUUCAAACCCCCGCGCCUCUCGCUCCGGUUCCCUCUCAAAUCUCUUUGUUCCUCUGUAAAUCUUUCAAUUUUUAUCACUGGUAUUUUUGAUAUAUUACGGGUAACUAUAUUUAAAAUCCAUUCAAACUGACCCAUGUCGGGAAACCGCCAUAAGGCGGUGACCCCACCUCGAAUCUGGUUUUCCGGCUGACCCGGAGCGGUUUACCGGCGUACCCAGAUGGAGAAAGAGCCCCUCCUCCCGUAUCUUAGCCCCAGAAGAAAAGCACCCCCGCCGCCGCCGCCUCUCUGUCCUCUACCGGAGAACAAUGAGGUUUCUGUCCCUAUCUCUCUCACUCCAUCAGAGCUCAAAGAGCGUCUCAUCUUUGGCCCUUCUUCUUCUUCUCCCCAAGAUCCCUCUCCGCUCCUUGCUGAUGUCCUUGCCCAAACCUUAAACUCCCCGCGACCGUCCUCUUCCUCAACACCCAUUUUUCAGGACCCAAAGCAACAUGAACAGCAACCGCAACAGCAGUCGUGGCUAACGGAUCCCAAUAUAUCAUGUAAGAAGGGCAGUCUCCACCGCUCCAAAACUGCGCCGGCCAUGGCCGUAAUCAACGAUUUCAAGCAUCCCUCCAUCCCGAAACCGCAAUUUGCUUCGCAGUCAAUUGUUCGGCAGGCAUGUAUUCUCUUGGUUAUGUAUUUGUCACUUGGUGUGAUAAUUUAUUCAUUCAAUCGGGAAAAUUACUCUGCGAUUGAGACCAACCCAGUAGUUGAUGCAUUGUACUUUUGUAUUGUUACCAUGUGUACAAUUGGGUAUGGUGAUAUAACUCCUAACAGUACGUCCACUAAGCUGUUUUCCAUAUUGUUCGUCUUGGUGGGGUUCGGAUUUGUUGAUAUUUUGCUUAGUGGGAUGGUCAGCUAUGUGCUUGAUUUGCAAGAGAAUUAUCUUCUUAGAAGUGUGAAGGCUGGGAGAGAGCAGGACGCAGCAGGAUCAUAUAUAAUUGAUGUGAAGAAGGGGAGAAUGAGGAUUCGUAUGAAAGUGGCAGUGGCACUGGGGGUUGUGGUUCUUUGUAUUGGAAUUGGUGUGGCUGUUAUGCAUUUUGUGGAGAGCCUUGGGUGGUUGGAUUCAUUUUAUCUUUCAGUCAUGUCGGUUACCACAGUUGGGUAUGGUGAUAGGGCAUUUAAGUCUUUGCCUGGUCGUAUUUUUGCUUCGGUUUGGUUGCUUGUGUCAACGCUUGCAGUUGCUCGAGCAUUUCUUUACUUAGCUGAGGCAAGAGUUGAUAAGCGGCAUCGGACGAUGGCAAAAUGGGUGCUUGGUCAGGAUAUGACUGUUGCUCAGUUUCUUGCUGCUGACAUUGAUAACGAUGGUUUUGUGAGUAAAUCCGAAUAUGUUGUUUACAAGCUUAAGGAGAUGGAGAAGGUGUCGGAGAAAGACAUUUUGCAGAUCUGCCAGAACUUUGAUAGGCUAGAUGUGGGCAACUGUGGAAAGAUUACUCUUGCUGAUCUCAUGGAGAGUCAUCAGUGACUAGGAUUAAGAUUGGAUUCCUUGCAAAAGAACACAAUUGCUGGCACCAUAUUUAUAUUCUUUGAUACCCAUGGUUCAAAUUUUGAUAUGGUGCAACAAGAAUGCAUGAGGGACGGCAUUGGUUUUUUGACAAAAGGUCAGCAUCCAUGUGAUUGGUCCUCGGGCCCUGGGUCCUGACCAUUUGAAAAAUUAGCCACCCUUCUUCAACAGUCAUAGUACUGAUAGGCAUUGCUUUGAUGGACCACCCCUUCAACAGAGUAGUAGUACAGAGCCAUUGGUUUGAUGGAGAAGUGCAGAAAUUGCAUCCUCAAUUCUACUUCGUGGCUUAAAGUAGAUGAUGGGUAAAAGGAUUGAGCUUAUUGGAUUCCCCUGAAAAUGAGCUAUCUGCCAUGAUGAUACAGCUUGCUUCAUUUUAUUCCUGGACAGCUGGGACGACAUUAUGCUCUUUUUGUGUUUUUUAUUUUUAUUUUUUUUUGUUUUCGCUUGUAGAGAUGUGGCUAUGUGUUGAAAGUUAAGAUGGGACAAAAUGCUGAAUUUAUUAUUUUUGUUAAUUUUUCUGUAAAGAUGAGGUUAUAUGUUGACAAUUCAUGAAGAAGGAAAUUCAUAUAUGCAUAUGCUUGAUUUGUUGUUUGGUACA